CUCCGUAGGAGUGGUUCCUAUGGUUCGACAUCGCCUCACCCGGCGUAAACGAAGGCGGCCAAGCUAGAUGGUACUUGAACACGGCAGCUAACAUUGGAGAUUUGCAUUUCCAAAGGAAGAGAUAUUUAGUUAUCUCGUCUUUGAGCCAGACCCUACCGCCAUGGCUCUUUACGAAUAUGUCACUCAGGAGCAGCUUGCGGGCUUCGACAAAUAUAAGUACAGCGCAGUGGACUCGAAUCCCCUGUCCAUCUAUGUCAUGCAUCCUUUCUGGAACCUUGUUGUGAAGUUUCUACCCACAUGGUUGGCACCAAACCUCAUUACAUUUACAGGCUUUAUGUUCCUUGUGUUGAACUUCCUCAUGUUGGCCUUCUACGACUUUGACUUCAAUGCAUCUUCUGCAGGACAUCAACACGUGCCUAGUUGGGUCUGGGUUGCAGCGGGGAUCUUCAACUUCUUAGCCUAUACACUUGAUGGUGUUGAUGGCAAACAGGCACGUCGCACCAACUCUUCCACGCCGCUAGGGGAGCUUUUUGACCACGGUCUGGACAGCUGGGCCUGUGUCUUCUUUGUGGCCACUGUAUACUCUAUAUUUGGGCGUGCGGAGAGUGGUGUCGGUGUGGUCACACUUUAUUACAUACUGUGGGUGGUGCUGUUCUCCUUCAUACUGUCCCACUGGGAGAAAUAUAACACUGGCAUCUUGUUUCUGCCUUGGGGAUAUGAUAUCAGCCAAGUGACAAUCUCCCUUGUUUACUUGGUUACUGCUGCAGUGGGUGUGGAAACCUGGUACCAACCAGUUAUUUUUCACCUUCUCUACAGAGACCUCUUCACCUUUAUGAUCGUUGCUUGUUCCUUCACUGUGACCUUACCUAUGAGCCUCUACAAUGUCCUCAAGGGUUACAGGAAUAACACACUGAAGCACAGCAGCCUGUAUGAAGGUUUACUGCCUUUCCUCUCUCCGUUUCUUCUGUUUGUCCUGUCCACCAUUUGGGUGAUCUACUCUCCAUCCAACAUCCUGGAGCUGCAGCCCAGGAUCUUCUACCUCAUGGUGGGGACAGCUUUUGCCAACGUCACGUGUAAGCUGAUUGUGUGUCAAAUGAGUAACACACGCUGCCAGCCACUGAGCAUACUGUUACUGCCCAUGACAGCGAUGGUGGUGUUAGCCAUCACCAGGGUCUUCACCAACGAGACGCUUCUGCUUUAUUUGUGGACAGCUGCUGUCGUAUUAGCGCACAUACACUACGGCGUGUCUGUGGUAGAACAGCUCAGUAACCACUUCAACAUCUUUGCCUUCUCCCUCAAGAAGCCCAACAGCGACUGACAGGAGGAGGAACGAAUCGGCUUGAAAGGAGCAGAGGUUUAAGCUUCUCUCCUCCUCUGCUUACCGACACUUCACUUUCAUCACCGCGGAAACUGCAUCCCCUCCAUCCAUGACGACACUGCAAGUGGAAAGGACUAGGGUUUUCUUUUUCCAGUGUCUUCAAAAACACACAGUCACUCUGAGCACACACGCUCACACUUCCCCUAACCUAUCCACCAACCAAACUCUGGUGUCAGAGGUGUGGUGGACCCAGGGGCUCUGGCUUCCGUCACUGAUGAUUGGCCAACUCGGUUGAGCCAAUGAGGUGCAAUUGUUUCCUACGGAAAUGUGCUUCAGUCGCGAGGACAGGAGCCCAGACGAGCCAUGCAAAGACAAACACUCGCAUCGUUUGUUCUGCUAUCUUUCGUGAGGGCCCUCAUUGUCCCAGUGCAGUGCCCAGACCGCCCCCCCUCUUAUAUUGUCCAUAACAAGUCAAUGCCUAACCCUUAACCGCACACGUUUCUACUCCAGGCCUCCACCCUCACACAGCCUGUCUUCGAAGUUCCGACUCAAAGUGAGGAAAGGCAGAAAUUCCCCUCACUCCCGAGGUCUUCACAAAGAUAGAUGUACAAGCUAAUUGACACAGGAAGAUGCAUUAUUCUGUUUUAAUGCAGAGGAAUAAAUACUUUGUGGCAGAUAUUUCAUUAUAGACACAGCCACAAACACGCACACACAUGUGUACUCUUAAAAGUAUUAUGAAUGUAUCAUAUGCCUUGGGGAAAUGCCAUUUCAGUUUUAUUCUAUUAACAGGAAUGCCUCAAGUAGUGUUGUUCUUGAACGUGACCAAACCAUCAAACUCUGGCCACAUGUGGCUCCACAGCUGGGUCCAGUGUUUAAGGUUCUGUCACUUUUUUUUUUUUUUUAUGAGAUGAUUUGCGGUUGGAAAUCUGAGAUAUAUGUUAAAAUAUAUAUAUAUA